ACAUUCGUAGACAACAACAUGUCGGACAGGAAAAGAGAGUGUAAGGCAAAGGGUGAAAAAAGUAAAACAAAAGAAGGGAAAAGGAAAAGAAAACGUAGUGAAAGUGAUGAAAUAGAACUGACUAAACACUAUGAAACAUUCUAUGAGCAGCCACCCCCUGGGAUUAUAAAGGAGAAAGACGAGCCCCCAGAGGACUGUAUUCCUGAUUUACCAGAAAACAAGGAUGCAAGGGAAUUUCUUGCUCACGCCCCUUCUAAAGGACUGUGGAUGCCCCUUGGAAAGGAAGUUAAAGUUAUGAAAUGUUGGCGCUGCAAAUCCUAUGGCCACAGAACAGGUGACAGAGAAUGUCCCAUGUUUAUCAGUGGCAACAAAGAUAUUGAAAAGUUCCGAAUGGUGAGGUCCUAAAAGUAACAAUAUUUUUAUCAUCAUUCUCAUCAUUAAGUGUUCAAUACUUGUAAAAAUUUCAGAACCCUCAUCUAAAAAGUCCUUGGCAAUGCUUUAAAAUUCAAGCCUUGACUAAAGUUACCUAAUGCAAUGUGAUUGAUAAUAAUGAUGGUGUUUUUCCUUUAUGGGUAGAUAUAACCAUAAUAAAUAUUAUGUUCAGAAUGUGGCUGAUGAGAGUAAUCCUCACCCAUAUACAGUAAAUCAGUACUAGUUUAGAGGUUCACAAUUUAAACAACAAGACAGAUGUAGACACACAUUUCAAAGAAGCAAAGCAGGGGCUGCCACAUUGUUAACAACUGCACAUUGUAGGCUGGCUACUCACUAUCUACAACAGGAUAGAUGGUGAGUAGCAUAGCUAGUAAAAUGUGCAUGUAAUACAUACUGUAAGAGUAAUCUGGGCCAUUUCAGCUUUUGCAGUUUCUUCAUUCUUUUAUUACAGUUGAACAUUACAGCACAUUUUACUUUCUUGUAAUGAUUAUUUUAAAGCUUGAUUUGUCAUUCAGUGGUAGCUGUCUAAUUCACUGAAAGUUAAUUUUGUACUUGAGUACACAGGAUUAAAAAAAUAGACAUUGAAAGUAAACAAUGCUAAAAAAGAAUUUCUUAGUUUAUUCAUAUUUGGGUUUCUGUUAAUCAAUACCUGGCUUUGGAUUGAUCUCGCCUUGG